UAUUUCCCUACCACUUAGUAGAGGGUGCUACAAUCGUAGGGUAUGUAAUAUCAAAUAGUUAGGUGAAAAUUACGGUUGUGUUCAGAACGUGAGAAAUAUACGUUAAGUUUACUGUGUUUGUAUUUUGGGAAGGGGUUAUAUUUACUAACCUCACCAUGGUUUGUAUCUUGUCGUUUUUCAAAAGUUGUAAUAUAGUUUUGCUACUUGCAUUAUUAGCUUAUCUGUUUCAUCUAGCUUCAGCAGACUUGUUGGCAAGAUUAUUUUUUGGAAGCUCUACGAAACGAUUGGAAAAAGAUUCAAGUCCAACUGAAUAUAAACUUUUAUUGAUUUUAGCGGAUGGAUGGCGUUGGGAUUAUAUUGAUAAUGAGCCUUCGCUGAAAGGUUUUAAAAGAUUAGCAAAAAGCGGUGUUAAAGCAGAAUAUGUGAAACCGAUUUUCCCGACAAGUGACUACCCAAACUGGUAUACAGUCGUUACAGGUCUGUAUCCUGAGAAUCAUGGAAUGAUUCAUAACUACAUGUAUGAUAAGGAGAGAGAUGAAUUCUUUAUGAAAGGAAAUCAGCCAGGUGACUUAAAUCCUCACUGGUGGGAUAAAGCGGAACCAAUAUGGGUAACAGCUGAAAAAAAUGGGAUUAAAAGUGCAUUAUACGGUUGGAGUGGGUGCGAGAUAGAAAUUAAAGGAAUUAGGCCUUCAUUCUGUAAACCUUACGAUAAGUCUAAAUCAACUCUAAAACAACAACAUCAAGAACUGAAGAGAAGCCUGAAUGAGGCUGUUAAUAGGCUGUCUAAAGGAACGGUACAGCUUGCGAUUGUUUAUAAUGAUGGAGUGGACACUGCGGGACAUAAAUAUGGACCUAAUGCGAAAGAGACUAAAGAAGUUAUCAGGGACUUUGAUUUUGCUCUGUUUGAGUUGCAGGAUAAUAUUUUAAAAAAAGAGCUGCAACAGGAGCUAAACCUUGUUGUUUUGUCUGACCAUGGAAUGGCAAGUGUUCCUGAAGAAAAUGAAAAAAUUAUCAAUCUAGAGAAACACAUCAAGUUGAAUGAUAUACGUUAUGUUCUAGACAAGGGGUCUUUCGUUAUGAUCCAAACAGAAAAGGUAUGUCACCUGACACGGUAGUUAGCUUACUGAAGUUGGCUACCAGAUAUCA